AUGGGUCAAUUCGGAUUCCUCAACGACCUCGUGUGGACGGAGCCCAAGGCCCCGGCCGUGAAGGGAGCCAUCAGCCCCGAGGACGCGCUGAACGCCAGGAUCUUCGGUUUCCUGUGGCUCGGAUCUGUCUACGGCAUCGCCAUGAUCUGGUGGGCGCUCGCACUCCUGUCCCGCUGGGAUCGCUCAAGGGAGACGGGUGCUGGCUCUGUCCUGCUUGCUUUCAUGCUCAGCACCGCCUGGCCCGUCGUCAUGGUCUACCUGAUUGCCAACCCGAUAUAA